CCUUCGGUUAUGUUCCUUGAAUCAGUUUUCCUCUUUCUUGUUAAUGUACUGUUUCUUGUUUUGUUUUUUAGUGCCCUUAAGUAGGUCUCCCUCCCUCCAACUUCUCACCCCUGCAGUCUACGUACUAGAAUAAGAAUGAUGAUUAAUGAUAAAGGUGGUAUUUGUUAGACCCCCCCCCCCGCCGUGCUCGCCUCACCUUCACCCCGGCAUCACCUCCAGUCUCAGUUCCAUUCCCUCACUGCCCCUUCCCCCGACCCCCAACUCCUUGGCCUCCUUCUCCUGUCAACUCAUGCAAAACAGCCAUUCCCCCUUACCCCUGGGCCUCACUCCAAAUCUCUCUCAAAAAGCUCCGUGCUUAUGUGCAUAAAUAGAACAGUUAAAGCCAUUUGAAUGAAGUAGCUCGACAGAAAAUGACUGUUUUCUGUGCUUUUCAUUUUAAUUUGGGAACAGAAUGUAUCGCAUAAUUUCAUAAUACCAUUUGUGUGACAGUUAUUUACCUAAAAGAUAGAGUCUCCCACUUAAGGAGGACUCUUAUCUGAGUAUUUUCUGUUUCUCUCAGAGUUAUUAUACAUGAGGAAAAAUAACCCCAAAUGUUAAAAGGUUCAUGUUCAAUGGGGAAAGCAGGUACAAUCUUCAUUAAACGUUGUUUUUGUUUGUUUUCUGAAACAGUGAAGAAGAAUAUGGACUUACUGCUGGAGUGCAUUAAGUAGGAGCUAAGGGCACACAACGCUCCUGCUAUAAAGACUGCUUUGUUCUCAGUUGUUUUGAUUUGUCAAGAAAACAGCCGUGCAAGUGUCUACUUUCAAGAUAUUGGUGGUUUGAAGUUGGUACGUGAUCUUGCAUGGUCAAAUGCACCCAGCUCAUUAAAAGAAGUUGCUCUGUAUACCAUAGGAUCUCUGGCCAAAUUUAAUGGGGCUGGACAGAUGCUUUUGAGAGAAACGGGCUGUAUUCCUGUUCUGCAAAAGUUAUUCAGAGAAACUCUCAUAGAAUCAGAAAUUGACUCCUCGAUCCAAAGCUGUCAGGAGAAAUAUUCCCUGUGGUAUGCAGUGUGCAAUGCUCUGACUGCAGCUGUCAAUAAUCCUCCAAAUGCACCAGUUCAGGAAUUCUUCAUAUCUGUUGGUGGAUUGGAUGGUUUGGCUGACAUUUUUACCAAGCUGGUCAGCAAUUCAAGAGAGAGUAUUCCUAGUGCUAAGAUGGCAGUAGCAGUGACAAGUACCAUGGGUGUCUGCAUUGCCCAUAACUCUGAGAAUUUACUUGAUAAGCUUCUGGCAUUCAUUCCGCAAGAUGCUUCUGAAAGAGAGCAAAGAAACACUCUUGGCUGCUUGAAGAAAACAGAAAACACCCUGCUUAAAGAACAAUUUAAAAGAGAAGAAGAUGAGGAACAAGGCCCUAAAGCAGAUGUCAUUGGAGAUUCCUUGCUGAAAGGCAAGGGCCAAGAAAAGGACCUUCCAAAGCAGCAUCCUGUGUUAGGUGCUCAGAUUUACCACCCACCUGCAAACGACGAGGUCCAGAGUCAGUCAGAGAGUACUGGAGGGGAUCCCUCAAGUACUCUUUCUGGCAAGCAGAAACCCGUCAGAAGAACAACCCGAAAAUCCCUAAAGAAGGUGCAGAAGAAAAAGUAGCCACCAUCUUGACUACAGUAAAGAAACCAGGAAACCACUGGAAUUCAGCUUCAUGGUUUUACCUAGGAAGGAAGACUGCAGUGGCUUUGGACCAUAAAUACUACGAGUUAGAGAAAUUGAGUGAUAUAUAAUUCCCAAAAGAGUUUUUGUGUAGAGAUUUUAAAAAAUAUAUACCAUUCUCUGUUUAGGCAAUUCUGUUUUGAGCAAGUUUCAUCUUGCCAAUCCCACAUUGUUUCUUUGCAAGAUAUUCAAAUUGGGGGUGGUGAUAUUGUUUCUUAAAGGGUCCUCUUGUAACAGGAGUUGGGGAGACCUUUGGCUUGCUAAAGAGGUACGCCGAAAAGGAAGAAGCGCACGAGUAUACACUGCUUUUAACUGUUUUCAAAUUUGCCUUUUGUUUUUCCCAAGACAAAAAGUUAACAGGGGCAGAGGUCACUAAAUUUUAAAAUAGGAGGUUUGAUGUAUUAAUUGAAUUUGUUUGUUAAAAGUAUUCUUAGUGAAUGAAAUAAUUUCUGGGACGUUAAGAUGUCAUUCUGCCUAAGCCAUUAAGAACAAAACCUACCACCAAGGAAGAAGUUAUGAAGCCCAUUGCUCAAAUGCAUUUGCAUCACUUCUGGCCUGAUGGGCAGAAGAGAAUGUAAGGCACUUUUGAUCAAUGUGUACUUUAAGUAAGUUAGAUGAAACAUUAUUAAAAGUUUUUUUUCCUGAAAAUCAUA